AUGGGGGCCCCUCUGCGCAGCAUAGACCUCGACAAACUCCAAAUUGACUGGUCUUCAAUAGAUCGCCUCCUUUCUGAUUUCCAAGGGGCCCCCGAGCCUCUAGGGGCCCCCGAGGGCCCCCCUGGGGGCCCCCCUGGGGGCCCCCCUGGGGGCCCUCCUGGGGGCCCCCUUGGGGGCCCUCCUGGGGGCCCCCCUGGGGGCCCCUCUGGGGACCCCAGACCCUCUUUGGAGGCUUUAGAUGCCUCUGAAGCCACAUUUGGGGCUUCAGGGCGUUUGGGGGCCCCCCAAGAGCAGCAGCAUGGGGCCCCCCAAGAGCAGCAGCAGCAGCAGCAGCAGCAGCAGCAGCAGCAGCAGCAGCAGCAGGGGGGCCCCCAGCAGCAGCAGGGUGGCCCCUCGCGCCAGAAGCGGGGCCGCAGCAUUUCUGCUGUUAAGGGCCGAAGGCAAAAGUGCCCCGGGUGUGGAGUCCAGCGGUCUUUCUACUGCUGCAAGUGCUGCUGCCUCCUUGGGCCUGCAGCAGCAGCAGCAGCAGCAGCAGCAGCAGAAGCAGAAGCACCAGCAGCAGCAGCAUUCCCACCAGCACCAGCAGCAGCGCCGCUCCCAGCAGCAGCAGCAGCGCCGCCCCCAGCAGCAGCCGCAGCACCACCCCCAGCAGCAGCAGCAGCACCACCACCACCACCACCCCCAGCAGCAGCAGCAGCAGCAGCAGCAGCAGCAGCAGCAGCAGCAGCAGCAGCAGCAGUGCGGGUGCCCCGCGUGCGGCUGCCGUUUCGGCUUCACAUAAUUCGCCACCCGAAAGAAAAAGCUUCGAAGUCUUCUGCUGUCCCUUUGGCUUUUGCUGCUCCUCAGGAAGUUUUGCUGUACGAAGCAGACCUCAGCAGCAACUCCAUCACAAGAAUUGGGCCCCUGCAGCAGCAGCAGCAGCAGCAGCAGCAGCAGCAGCAGGAGCUGCAGGUGCUCCGUGGGCGGAGGGCCGGGCGGUGCUGCUGCUGCCGGGAGCAGCAGCAGCAGCAGCAGCAGCAGUGGACUGGCAGCGAGUGGAAGAUGUUGUGCUGCUGGACUGCACUUGGUACCAAGCAGCAGCAACGUCUUGCUGCUGUUGCUGCGCUGCAGCGCGUGCAGCUCAGCAGCAGCAGCAGCAGCAACUUCUGGAGAAGACACAAAAACGGAAAACCUUUUUUCCUCUCAACAGCAGAAGCAGCUUAUCUUGUCCUCAGGGAAUACGACAUGCGCCGAAGGGCAAACCAAGCUGCUGCUGCUGCUGCUGCUGCUGCUGCUGCUGCUGCUCCCGCUGCUGCUGCUGCUGCUGCUGCUGCGGGUGCUGCUGCUGGCGGUGCUGCAGUGGAGCCAAAGACGCAGGCCGCAGACGAAGCAGCAGCCGGCGAAGCAGCAGCAGCAGCAACAGCAGCAGCGGCAGCAGGAUCAGCAGCAGCAGCAGCAGCACUAACCGCCCACAACAACCAGCAGCAGCAGCAGCAGGGAGAGCAACAGCAGAGCCAGCCGCAAAAACAGCAGCAGCAGCAGCAGCAGCAGGAACAGCAGCUGCAAUGCCAGCAACAGGACCACCAGCAGCAGCAGCAGCAGCAGCAGCAGCAGCAGCAGCAGCAGCAGCAGCAGCAGCAGCAAGAGAGUCUGCUGGUCCCGGCUUUGAAGGCAGAAGAGGAGCAGCAGCUGUGGAGUUCUUACGAAGGAGAUUUUGACAAUUUGCUGUUUUGGUUUUGUUUAAUUAAAAAGACAAUUCAACAAGCAGCAGAAUCCAGAAACACAAAAGAUACUUUCUAG